GAAGAUCAGUGUGGCCUCAAAAGAGUGUUUCUAUCUACGUGUGGACCGGGAGCUGGGUUUCCUGUUGCUCUGUGCUUCCUGUUGUUGUCUUGUUAGGAUGUCCAUCAAAUGCAUGCAUUUCCUGCCCUUCCUCUGGAUGGUAACAGUGGUCUGCCACCACACUGUGCCGGGUGAGGCACAGCCACCAGCCACAGCCACCCCUGCCACCAUCAUCUAUGCUCGCUCUGAAUGGGCUGGCCUUGAACUCAUUAGGCUACCCAACAUCAAACUGCCAGCAGUUCCAGCUUUAGAACGCACUAUGUCCUGGCCUCAAACACACAGCAGUCUGGCCUCAGCCUCUUGAGUGCUGGGAUUACAGCCAAGUCUUCUGGGCCAGACCUGGUAGAAGCCAAAGCCUGUCCAUGGAGGGAUGCUGGGUGACAGAGGUGACCAACGGCUCAAAGAGCAGCUCGGACUUCAACCCGAUGAAGGAUUACAUGAUCCUGAGUGAUGCCCAGAAGAUAGCUGUGGCGGUGCUGUGUACCCUGCUGGGCCUGCUGAGUGCCCUGGAGAACAUGGCGGUGCUCUACCUUAUCCUGUCCUCCCAGCGGCUCCGCAGGAAGCCCUCGUACCUCUUCAUUGGCAGCCUGGCCGGGGCUGACUUCCUGGCCAGCAUCAUCUUUGCCUGCAACUUUGUCAUUUUCCACGUCUUCCAUGGUGUUGAUACCAAGGCCGUCUUCCUGCUGAAGAUCGGCAGUGUGACCAUGACCUUCACAGCCUCUGUAGGCAGCCUGCUGCUGACCGCUGUUGAUCGGUACCUAUGUCUGUGCUACCCACCUACCUACAAGGCUCUAGUCACCCGUGGGAGGGCACUGGUGGCCCUUUGUGUCAUGUGGGUCCUCUCGGCAUUGAUUGCCUACCUGCCACUCAUGGGAUGGACCUGUUGCCCUAGUCCCUGCUCUGAGCUUUUCCCGCUCAUCCCCAAUGACUACCUGCUGGGCUGGCUCCUCUUCAUUACCAUUCUCUUCAUUGGCAUCAUCUACACCUAUGGGUAUGUUCUCUGGAAAGCCCACCAACAUGUAGCCAGCUUGGCAGAGCACCAGGAUAGGCAGGUUCCUGGGAUAGCUCGGAUGCGGCUAGAUGUGAGGUUGGCCAAGACCUUGGGACUGGUACUGGCUGUUCUGCUCAUAUGCUGGUUCCCUGCCUUGGCUCUCAUGGGCCAUAGCCUGGUCAGCACGCUGAGUGAUCAGGUCAAGGAGGCCUUCGCCUUCUGUUCCAUGCUGUGCCUGCUUAACUCUAUGGUCAAUCCUAUCAUUUAUGCCCUGCGAAGUGGAGAGAUCCGCUCCGCUGCCCAGCACUGCCUGGUAAGCUGGAAGAAGCGUCUACGAGGGCUCAGGUCUGAGGGAAAAGAAGAAGCCCCAAGGUCCUCCAUUACAGAGACAGAGGCUGAUGUGAAAACCACCAUGGAGCCUGCUUCCAGAAGUCCAGGCUGCUCCAAUUGCUGACGGUACCUAGUUUCCUAUUAGAAACAGCUUGUGUGAGGAAUCAGUUUUCUCGCUCGAGGAGAGAGGAGUCCCAGACCCUGCGUCCUUCUGGAACCAGCUCUAGGGGACUAAACGCAGACCCCCUUUUUGCCAAAGAGUACUGGGCUUCACGGUUGGAGGGUGACCUGGUCAUGCCUACCUGCACAGUCUAUGGAAAGUGGCCCGUGACGAGACAGGUUCUGUUUACAUCAAGUCAGGAAACCCUCCUGACUCCAGAGACCAAGAAGCAAGAGGGACCUCCAGGGACUGUAAUAGAGCACUCAGAGGUGGUGAGAGAAGAUGAAGGACCUGUUCUCCUGGGCUCACAGAGUACCCUGGCCAGUGUGGCCACUGCCUACAAGUUCAUCAGUGCCCACGGCUGCCAUGGUGCAGAUUCCAGGCUGUCUUGCUGAUGAUUGGCAGCGAGACCAGCUAGCUCCGGUUCCCUCUUCGUGGUUUUGGAUUCCUAUGGCUAUAAAGCUCAGUGAGGCCCCACCUUCAGAUGACCCUUGCCUCUUGAGGAUCAAGAAUUGUGGUGUGCUCAGGCUCAAGGGUGUCGGCUCAGACAGUCACAAGCCAUCAGCUCAGAGCAUCUUGUUGGGCAAGGGCCCUCUUGACACCCUGAUAAGCCCCGGAGUCAUGUGACUUUAGGUCCUUGGGGAACCACUGAAGGUACCAUCUGGAGGACCUGUAUUGCCCUUGUCACAGCUGCUGUGUAGAGUGUAGCAGUAUUCCCGGCUAGCCUAGCUCCAGGGCGAAGCAAGAUAUUCACAAAGAUUCUCUGGGUCGCCGGGCGGUGGUGGCGCACGCCUUUAAUCCCAACACUCGGGAGGCAGAGGCAGGCAGAUCUCUGUGAGUUCGAGACCAGCCUGGUCUACAAGAGCUAGUUCCAGGACAGGCUCUAGAAACUACAGGGAAACCCUGUCUCAAAAAACCAAAAAAAAAAAAAAAAAAAAGAUUCUCUGGGUCCUAGAUUGUUUCCAGCGAUGCUCACCUCAGCCUGCUUGUCUCUUCCAUACUCUGGUCCUGGGGGACAAACAGAAGGAGCCGAGGAGAAGAGACCACACUGCUGUGGUCCAGACACAGACUGACAUUCUCUGUCCACAGCCCCAUGCUACGUCCCUGGGUACCUGAAUUUUACCUUCACUAAGGGACAUCUCCAACAGAGGGAGGUUCAAGACACUGCUGGUGACAGGAUGGAUAACACUGGGGACCACAGGCACAGUGAAAGAAAAGCUAUCCAUUAAUGUCAUUUAGUACAUUAAAAACCACGUGCUCCCUG